UUUUUAUAUCUUUUUCAUAUUUAAAAGAAUUGUUUACUUUUUUUAAAAGUAUCUAAUUAAACGGAAUUACUUCCAUUUGAAAUCCACUGGUAUUGUUAUAUAUGAAAUGUCAAAUACUUGUAUCACACCUUCUUUUUUCUUCAAUAGUAACUACGAAUACGAUAUUUACGAAAAUUGAUUUGAACCUGAUGAUGACACCUAAUCUUUUUUUAUUACUUGAUUUCUAUGAGAGUUGUAUUCACACUGGCUGAGGGUUCACAUCAAUUCUAUAGUAUGUAUUCUGUAGCUAUUAUCUACAUGAAAUAUUGGUGUUAUACAGUUGUAUUUAUCUUUAUUUUUAAAAUAAACUAUAUACUUUUUUUCUAUUAUUCAAUUACUAUUAUCAUUUUUUUUUUGUUCAUUUGGUAUUGGUCAAGUUGUGAGGAGUGACGUAUUUUGUUAUUAUUUUUUAU